GGGAGAUGAGGACCAUAGGGUUCGAGUCCGUAAGAUACGUCUCGCCUCAUUUGCAAAUAGUUCUUCUCAAGGUCUUCAAGCGCUGUUUGCCAUGCUUCCAAGUUCUUCUGGUUGACUGCUCGAUCCUUCUUGUGCUGGAUUCGUUCGGAUUCGGAGUGCCAGACUUGAUUGAUGGGGAUCAUCUUGAGGUCUAGUUCAAGUUCUUCGCAGAUCUCCUCGCAGGUCAUUUCUGCGGGACUUUUCAUAGCGAACCACCUUGGUUCAUGUAUAUUGGGCAAAUUCUCCAUCAAUUGGUUGUGCAACCUUCCAAAUCUCGAUGCCGUGUCCAGCGAAGGAGUUUUAGUAUGAAACCUUUCGCUAAUGACCUCCCAUAUAGCACGGCGCACAUCUUUGGCCUCACAUUCUGUCCCACGAAUCUUAUCUGCCACUUCAGCACCCCAUUCUUGUUCUACCCUUUUCAAUGCCGCUGGUAUGACUCGGCUCCUGGCCACACGCCGCGAAGCUUCCCUCUCGCCCUCUUCAACAGCACCCAGCCUCUUGAGGUAAGCACGCGAGCUUUCCGAUGGCGAUCGUAAUGGUACAUCAAAGCUGCGAUGAUAUUUGGCAAAUGUUUUAAGAGCUCUUCGGUAUUGCUCUAAUCCGCGUAGAUUCCACGGAUCUUCGAAUCCAACAGCUUUGAAGCUCUGUUCGACUUGUGUCCAGCGCUGGUCAAAUUGAGCUCCACGGGCUUCGACAUCGGCUUCGAUUAAGAGACCAGGAGGUGGGUCUUGCAGGCUCGCAGAGUGGAUCACUUGUAUUGUGUCCGGACUGAGCGGCUCUAUCUUGACUUUCACGGAUCCGCUCGGUCGGACGACUUCCUCAUCCUCCGAAUCCCAUUCCCGAUCCAUUUCGCCUUGUGUGGAGGGUUUUAUUCGCCUUGCUACAUUCUUCGAAGUAUAGUCUGAAAGCCCGUCUAGAUGCUACGUUUUCUGCUCACAUCCAUCCUCCACGUCGCCGAAUCAAGGGCAGACAAAAGAAUUGGAUAUCUCUUUGAGAGUGCAUUGUCAUUAGACGUACGAUGGGAAGUGCGAAGCUGGUUAUGGCAGCUCAUGUGCGCGGCUUCGAGAGAGCCAUGGUCGAGCAUAGACGUAGUACUCGUCGAAGCGAGACCAAAACACAGUAUAAAAAUUCUUCAUACGCCAAGAACUGAUGCGUCACACAUGGGCGGCUGUGAGUGA